GUCAUUUAUCAUUCUCGAGUUGGGAGAUAACGACUAGCCAUAUCUCCCGACUCACAGGGCAUAUCUUGUACAUCCUUUUGCUUCACAAAGCCAUUGGCAUGUUUCGUAAUUGUCCACUGAUAAAGUUUUAACUCCUAAACGUCUCACUCUGUCAUUGAGCCCGAAUAUCUGACCAAAAAAUCGGCCCAGCACUUCAAGAUCCGGAGGCAAUUACCGCGAUACCAAACAAAGAGACUCGUCGAGUCUCGUCGGUACCCCUGCCAUCUCCUCAUCCGGACGGAGCAAUGCGCCCAAGGAAUCAGAACAAUUACGCUGUCGGUCGAAAGAGGUUCUUAGUACAUGACUGCUCAAAGAGACGAGAUAAAUCUUGUCGUCCAUGUUCCAUCCCCUUCCCGCAUCUGAGGAUUGCUCGACACACAAGGUCAUCACAAUCAGAGUACGGAUUCACUUGAUAUCGGUCCGAGUCGCAUGUCUUUUGUAAAGAUGGUUGGUGAGAACGCAGGGAAGAAGUCGGAUGAAGACGGAUUUGUGGUGGUCGACCACAAGGGGAAAGGAACCUAUGCUGGAGUCACCAAGCCCCCAAGUCCCAGGCGAAGUGCAAGAUCUGCCCAAGCAAAGAUUGGGCCGAAGAAAGUCAUGCCUGGUGACAAUCAUGAAGCCCGGCCGAAAGCAUCAAGAACGAGCGACUAUAGCCAUGACAAGUACUCCUUGUCGGGUCUACUUCCAAGAAAAACACCUGAAGGGUUCAAUCGCGACCUGAGAUUUCUAUACGACCACUCAAAGGACGCGAACGACCCAAGACGCUCAAAACUAGUGGCGUACCGUGCAGACCGCGAGCCGAAACAUUUCUUUCCGGGUCAAUUGAUUCAAGCGGCUCAUUCGACUGCAUCGACUGUGUUUUUCGGAGGAACGAAAAUUGUGCAGUUGAACUUUGUGGAGCCUCACGUAGAGGCCCCUGUUCAUUCCAAACGGCGCCCGAUGGUAGUACUUUGGAAGACACAGGCUGGACUCGUAUGUCUACCCAUACUUUCACUGAAGUCUCGGCCAUGGGGCGCAGACUCCGAACACUGGAAAGAGUACGUCAGUAUUACUUCCGACGAUGACUAUGCAUGGGUUGGUAGUUAUGCAAAAUGGGCUGGACGUCCCCUCCUUGCCGAGUACAAUCCGGAGCCAAAAGCUGCAGCACCACUGACGGGACGACUAUGGAUUAACAUUACCAACCCAAUCACCAUAGGCUAUCUCGAAGAGAUCGACUCACAAAUGGGAGCUCUCCAGGGAGACAGCUAUGAUCGAUUGAUGUGUGCUCUGGAUCACACAGAACGCCAACUCAAGGAGGCGGCAUACGUAGAGUGGAACGAACAUUAUGAGCCUGGUAAUACAGAGGUAUGGCCAGGUAAGCCCGACGAUAAAGAGGAUUCCGUGCAGAAAAGGGCGACGAGGAUGCAUAAUCGAGAAUGGGUCUUUGUGGAUGGAGUGGAGGAGACAAGUGGCUGGAAGUGGAUUAAGAGGGUGGAUCCAAGCAAUGUACCGAUAUAGACAUAUAGGUCACAUCAACUUGGGGUCGUAUAUAUAUGAUAGCAAGUGAGUUUUAGAGAUGUUGGUAUAUAAGC